UACAUUACCCAGAAUGCAAUAGUAAGCAACAUUCGCUGUGAUUGGAUGUUCGUCAGAUCGCAUGAGCAGGACCCAAAGAGAGAUCCUCACUACUACGAAAACAUUCCACGAUGUCUGGACGUAGAGUGGUGGUUUUCCCCUCUGUGUCCGAGCUUGGACCCACUCUGGCUCAGCUGGUGUCCUCUCGUGCAGAGAAAGCUCUAAGCUCAGGUAGAAGCUCCUUCUCUCUGGGUCUCUCAGGUGGGAGUUUGGUUUCCAUGUUGAGUAAGGAUCUUCCUGCUGUGGAGAACCUGGACUGCAGCCGAUGGCUUAUCGGCUUCUGUGAUGAGAGACUCGUUCCUUUCAGUGAUCCUGAGAGCACGUAUGGCUUAUAUAAGAAUCAAUUGUUUGGGAAAAUCAACAUUCCAGAAGACAGGAUUUUGGCUAUAGAUCCGUCUUUACCUGUGCAAGAAUGUGCUGAUGAUUAUGCCAACAAACUGAGCAAGGCCUUUAGUCCAGAGCAAAUCCCAGUUUUUGACAUGCUCUUGCUGGGUAUGGGACCAGACGGACACACCUGCUCUCUCUUUCCAGAUCAUCCUUUAUUACAGGAAAGCCAGAGGACAGUGGCCGCAAUCUCUGAUUCCCCCAAACCACCCCCUCAGCGUGUCACUAUGACAUUACCCACAGUUAACGCUGCUCGAUGUGUGGUGUUUGUGUCAACAGGAGGCAGCAAAGCUCCUGUACUCAAGCAUGUAUUGGAGGGUGGAGAAGGGCCCGCACUUCCAUCAGCUCUGGUGUCUCCUAGACAGGGAGAGCUCUUCUGGCUUGUAGACGAGCCGGCGGCGGCCUCGCUCACGUCUCAGGUGGAGAGGCCGAGUCCCGGGGCAAAACUCUGACACAACGUGUAGAAGCACUUUCUAGUGUUCUUAUGGAGUCCUUAAAAAGCACUGUGUUUGCAAAAGGUUAUUCUUCAUAGCACUUUUCAUAUCUGUAAUUACUGCAGUUAUCGUUAUUUACUGCAAACUGUAAAAAACUAACAUUUCUGAAUACAAUUUUAGGAGGUUAAUAACCAUUUCUGAAAUUGUCCACUUUUGUUGUAUUUCAUUGUGUCCGGAGUGCAAAGAAAGUAAAAAA